GCUAAAGUUUGCUAAAGGUUGCUCAAGGAAAGCCUUCUUUUCGCAUCUCUGCUGCUGGUCCAAGAGAGGCUUAAGAAAGGAAGCCCACAGCCUCAGGCAAGGAGCCAGCUUGUUAUGCGUGGUUUCUCUUGUGCAGAAAAUGGAUCCAGUGCAAACACAGCUGGAAGGACUUUGAKAAAGAAAGACCAGAGAUUCAUUUGCUCCCACUUGCUGAGAGAGUUGUUGGUUUAAGACUGCCACACAGGAUGAAAAGGAAAGGGAAAAGCAACCCCUGCUUACUGCAUUUUGUCUUUGCUUUUUGUAUGGCUGCUUUGUCUGGGAGCAGUGCCUGCCCACAGCCUUGUGCUUGCUAUGUACCUACUGAAGUACAUUGCACAUUCAGGUAUCUCAGCAACAUCCCACCGCAUAUCUCCCGAAAUGUGGAACGUAUCAACUUAGGUUACAACAGUUUGAUUAAACUGACUGAAAGAGAUUUUUCUGGCCUGGAGAAACUGGAGUUGUUGCUGUUGCACAGUAAUCAAAUACAUACUGUUCAAGACAGAACAUUCUCUGAUUUGCAUUUGUUGCAGAUCUUAAAGAUGAGCUAUAACAAAGUCAAAGUUGUUCACGCAGACACAUUUCAUGGUCUCACAAGUCUGGUACGGUUGCAUAUGGAUCAUAAUCAGAUUGAAUUUAUAAACCCCAGAGCAUUCUAUGGUCUUACAUUGCUGAAGCUGGUCCACUUAGAAGGAAAUGUGCUUAAACAACUUCAUCCAGAUACUUUUGUCACUUUGUCAUACCUCCAAAUGUUCAAGACAUCAGCCAUAAAACAAAUCAACUUGUCUGACAACUUACUUACUUCUCUGCCACAAGACAUUUUCACAUAUAUGUCUGAGCUGGAAAGUCUCUACCUUCAUGGAAACCCUUGGAUUUGUGACUGUGCAAUGAAAUGGUUUCUCAAGUGGACAGAACAGAACCCAGAUGUUGUAAAGUGUAAAAAAGACAGAGGACCUUCCAGUGUUCUUCAGUGUCCAUUGUGUGCCAACCCAAGGACUUCUAAAAGCAAGAGGGUAGCUGAGAUGUCCCUCUCAGAUUUUAAUUGCAUAAAACCAACUAUAGAUGCAAACUUGAAAACAAGGAACAUCACCAUACCAGAUAAUGAGGACUUUAUUUCAAUUUACCCCAAAGAUUUUAUGGCUCCUAUAGGAUCUGUAUUAUUAAACAUGACAGACCAAGCACAUAAUCGGGCAAACUUGGCUUGCAAUGUACAAAAUCCUUCAAAAAUGUUCCCUGUUACAGUUCAAAAAAUGGACAACAUCACAAUACUUAAAACAUCAUUGUCAACAUUUCUUGUGUGCAGCAUUGACUAUGAGAGUAUUCGUCAACUGUGGAGCAUACUGGCUCUAUACAGCAAUUCUCCACUGAAACUAAAAAGGGAACAGUUACUCACAGAAGCACCAUAUCUCAGUUACAAAUACAAACAAAUGGGCUCUGAAAAUGAAGAACUUUUUACUGACAUAGAUGCUCAAUUGAAAACUGAGCCUCCUUGGUUGAUGCAAGGACAAGUAUUUCUGCAGUUGGAUAGAACAGCAACCACACUUAACACUCUACAUAUCAAAUACUUAAUGGAUGUUCAGAUCACCCUCCCAGUUGCUGAUCCCAAAUCAGCAAGACAGAACUGGGCUAUGAUAUUGCACAAAAACAGCACCAGAACCGAGUACUCUGUUUUGGUAGGUGGAUCUGUGGAAUUGGACUGCCAGGCAACUGGAGAGCCUAUCCCUGUAAUUGAGUGGGUAUUAGCUGAUGGGAAUAAGAUUAGAGCUCCGUAUGUUAGUGAAGAUGAGAGGAUGACAAUAACAAAAUCCGGAAGCCUCCUGUUACAUGCAGCAGAUAGUUUUGACACUGGAGUUUAUCACUGUAUAGGUACCAAUUAUAAAGAUGCCGAUAUCCUGACCUUUAGGAUUACUGUCAUAGACCCUUCUAUGGAACAUAACAAUUUAAAUGGACCUCAGCUCUCAGUGCUUUUAGGUGAAGCGGUCUAUCUUCCAUGCCAGUCUAUAGCUACUCCAGAUGCCUCUGUUAACUGGAUCAUACCCGAGCAUGUUAUUCUUCACCGUUCUUCAAAAAACAAGCUUCUUUUUCAAAAUGGCACAUUAAAAAUUCAACAAUCAACUGACCGGGAUGGAGGUUAUUUCAGGUGUGUAGCAGCCAAUCAAUAUGGUGUUGACAUUUUGGUUUACCAAGUAUUAGUGAAGAGGCAUGUAAAGAUAUCACAAGAACUAGAUAUUCAAGUAAAUGAGGCAACAGAAGGAUCCGGUGAUGAACAACUUGAAGCUAUUCUGAAACCUCAAAUUCUUUUGUCUACCAUGAAGACAGAAGUAACACAUCAAGCAUCUACCAAAGGAUCAUCAGUAAAAGAUCCUGUUUUUAACAAAACCAAAAAUAAUUAUAAAGCAAUUUCCAGAAACAAUAGAGACAAAAUAAGCAAAAGGUUUAGAGGACGCAAGAGACAAUUUGCUUCCCCCAGCAGGAGAAUUGAUCCAUUGCACUGGGCUGCAUUUCUGGAAAAAACAAAGAGGAAUAUCACAUUGCCAACGGCACAACAACAUGCCACAUUAAAACCAACAGUAAAAAGCUUUCUGUCUUCAAAGAUCUCUGGAAAUGAAGAGGAGACAUCUGGAGAUGAUAUAUUUCCAGAAGAAGAAUUUAUACUACUAACAACUAAAAGUCCUUCAAUAUACACUCUGAGAGAAGCAUCAGGAAAUGUUGCAACCGCAAAACUUGGAAGUGCGUUAGGUAAUUACAGUUCUCUGACAACAUCUGGCAUAGUUACAGAAACAGCAAUUCCAAUAACUAGUCCACUGGUUAUGUUUCCUGAGGAACCCAACAGUCAGAGGUUAUAUAUGGAAGUUAAACAUAAAACUGAAAGAGAGUCUUUUAAAGAAUAUCUCACACUAUAUACACCACCUACAUAUAUAGAAUCAUCAACAACACCAUCUUCUAAACUGCCAAAUAGUACUGCAAAUGCUUCAACAACUUUUCAUAAACUGAUACCACCUGAAGAAAAUAAUUUGCAUUUUAAAGUGAUGCCAAUAAUCACGCCUGCAACAGUUAGUGAGAAAAGGCAGUCUGUGACUUCUGAAAAAGAUACUCUAAAAACUAAUCUGUUUCCAGAAUCAACUGUGGAAACACCAAGGAAAUCAUAUAAUCAAGUUUCUGUAGUGACAGUCAGUGCACAUGAUGAUGUGUUCAGAAACACAUACCUAUACAGUACUUUAAAAACAACAACACCUAAGCCACGGACAGUCUCAACCGUUAUCAUGGAUCAACAGAUUCAUAUAGCUAGGGAUACUACAACUCAUGCCCCCCUCUCCAGACGGUAUGGCAGACGUAGAAAAAUAACUGGUAGAAAACGAAUUGUUAGACCUGAUCGUAUUCUGAAUACUUCAGGCCAGAUAUUUGCUUUUAUUAGACCCAGAAAGCAAGAAAGCACAAGCCUGCUGUCCCCUAUAGCAGUGAGUACAUCUACUUUAUCCUCUCCCUACACAUUUCUUGAACCAAUUACCUCUCAUACACCCAUUUCCACUUCGUUCAGAAGUCAGCAUGCAGACUCAACAACUGCAAAUCAAAUCUUGGCACUCUCAAGAAACAAGCUAGGUACAGGUGAAAAGUAUACAACUUUCAAAACAAUCCCAUUCCAUACUGAAAACAACCAAGUGGUAUCACAUACAGAAGUAGAAUCUAUUACACCACUACAAACAACUAUUGACAGGAACCCAUCAUUUAUCACCAGUCUUCCAACACAGACAAUUCAAAGCCCUAUAAAUGGCAAGGCAACCACAUCUACCAAAACUAGCAUAUCUGCUUCAACUAUUAAAUCUACCAGUCCCGCUCUUGAAACUAACAUGUCCUCCAGUGUUUCAGCCUGGGAAAAUCCUUGGCACAAUGUCUUUGGAAGCAGCCAUAUUCAAAGGGAGCAGCCUAGUUUACAAACAGUGUCUUCUCAUACUUUAAAAAUUGGUGGAGAAUCUCUGGCUGUGGUAUCUCCUAUGCCUCUUCAAAUGACUGUACCAGUAGAUAUUACUUCAGCUGUAAAUAGAGCUGAUUUUUUAAAGAGAGAGAACCAAACUGAUGAUUUCAUGAACUUACUUGAGUCCAUAAGUGACAAUAUGCAUGGCCCCACACUAUCACUAAGGAUAAUCGAACUCCUAUCUUCGACCCACAGACCCAGUCUUACAACUGUUCUUCAAAAAGAAAGUAAUACAACUAGCAUGGGACCAAUUACUACUCCAGUUACUGUUAAUCAUGGUGAAAAUAAGAUUUUCAGGUCCAGAGUGUUCAGACCUGGCAGAAGAAGAGGGCCAAGGAGGAGGAGGCCCCUAAAGAAGUUAAUGCAUUCUCAGGAGCAUAUAAUUAGCACUCAAGGUGUUACUAUGUUGGGAAAAAUAAUGCCUUCUACUACUUUGGAAAUGUCUAGAAAAGUAACUGUGUCUGCUAGCACCAGACAAAUGGAAUUAUCUUCAAAAUUAACUAAUAUGGAUGUGGUUACAGCUGGACUAGGGCCACCAACUCUUAGCACAGAACCUAUAUUUAAAGAUAAUAUAUUCACAACUGAUAAGAUAUUAGCAAGGAAUAUGAUCACAGAACAUAUUACCACUAAAGAAACACCAGUGGAACAUAUGUUUUCAGAAAACCCUAUACCUCAGGUCUCAUUGCCAAUAUCAUUUUUAGACACAGUAAGCACAACCACAAUGUUACCAGAUACAUCCUUGACAACAUCAACAAUGGGAUUUAACAAUCCAACACAGGCAACUACAGUAACAGUUAAGGAAUCAUACCAACAUUUAGAAGAGCAACUAGCAAAAACAACUUUUCCUACUAAAACGGAUAUAAGUAUCCAAACUCCUACUGGUUCAGUGUACCCCACCACACAAGAACCCAAUCCACUAACAUCUCAACCAGCUGUCGAUUCAAGUGAAGCUAUCACACAAACCACUACAUCUUCCACAUGGGGAACGUCAUGGAAUGAACCAUCUUCUAAAACUGCAGAUAGUAAACAACCCUUCAUAAUCAAUAUGUUGACCAUAUUGAAAUCUCCACAGAGUUCUACCCAGUAUAGUCCUUCAAGGAGGAAGAACAAUCAUGUCAAAAGUUGGACUGAGAAAACAGCAUACCAGGAUUCUUCUACCACUUCUUUAGUAGCCUUAAAUUCAUUCUACCAGAUGAGAGUUGCAAAACCCAGGAUAAUUGGAGGAAAAUUUGCAGCAUUUACAGUUCUGGCUAAUUCAGAUGCCUUCAUCCCUUGUGAAGCCAGUGGUAACCCUUCGCCUACAAUACAGUGGAUAAAAGUGUCAUCGAGUGUUAAUUCACCAAAACACAUACAUGAUGACAAACUUGAGAUUCUUCCCAAUGGUACUCUUUCCAUCCAGAAUGUCAACGUCCAAGAUCGUGGACAAUACCUGUGUGUCGCUGUCAAUCCAUAUGGUUCUGAUAAGCUUCUUGUUACAUUGUCUGUGGUGACCUACCCGCCAAGGAUCUUGGGGAGAAGAUCAAAGAUUAUGACUGUUCAUUCAGGCAAGCCGGUGACCAUGAAGUGCACAGCCGAGGGUCGUCCCAUUCCUACUAUUUCCUGGAUCCUUGCAAACAAAACCUAUAUUUCAGAGUCUUCUCUAGGAAAUGAGGCAAUCUCUUUUCAAACAGAUGGCACAUUGAUAAUUAAGAAAGUCAGCAUUUAUGACAGAGGGAUUUAUACAUGCACUGCAAACAAUCCUGCCGGUUCAGAUACAAUGACAAUAAGAUUGCAAGUAAUUGCUGCACCACCCAUUAUACUGGAAGACAAGAAACAGUAUGUGUUACAGAAUAUGGGGGAAAGCUUGUGGCUUCCUUGCACUGCCAAGGGAAACCCUCAUCCAAGCAUUCACUGGGUCAUAUUUGAUGGAACUGAGGUGAGAAACCUGCAACAUACUAAUGAAAAACGUUUACUCUUUCCUAAUGGAACACUUUACAUCAGGAAUAUAGCUCCUUCCGACAGUGGGAAUUACGAAUGUAUAGCCACCAGUUCAACUGGUUCAGAAAGAAGAGUCGUAAACCUCCAGGUAGAACAUAGAGAUACAGCACCUCAAAUUGUAGUGGCCUCUCAAAGGUUGACUCAGUUGAAUUUUGGGGACAGACUACUUCUGAACUGUUCGGCUACAGGAGAGCCAACACCUAAGAUCAUAUGGAGACUACCUUCCAAAGCUGUUGUUGACCAGUGGCACAGAAUGGGGAGCCGAAUCCACGUGUUUCCCAAUGGAUCCUUGGCUGUAAAGGCAGUUACAGAGAAAGAUGAAGGUGACUAUAUAUGUGUUGCAAGAAACAAAAUAGGAGAUGACCUGAUCCUUAUGAAAGUAAGUGUGACAAUGAAACCUGCAAAAAUAGAUCAAAAACACUAUUUUAAGAAACUGGUGCCUUAUGGAAAAGACUUCAAAGUGGAUUGCAAAGCGUCUGGGUCACCUGAACCAGAGAUAUCAUGGAGUUUGCCAGAUGGCACAAUGAUCAACAAUGUGAUGCAAGCAGAUGAUAGUGGGCACAGGACUCGGAGAUAUAUUCUGUUUGACAAUGGCACUUUGUAUUUCAACAAAGUUGGAGUGGCUGAAGAGGGAGACUACACAUGUUAUGCUCAAAACACACUUGGAAAAGAUGAAAUGAAAGUGCACUUAACAGUAGUAGCUGCUGCACCUCGUAUCAAGCAAAUUUCCAAGACUUAUGCAAAGGUAAAAGCAGGUGAUAAUGCAAUCUUUGAUUGUGAUGCCAUGGGGGAACCUAAACCAAAAAUAUUUUGGUUGUUGCCUUCCAAUGAUAUGAUCUCUACUUCAACUCAAAGGUAUUUUCUUCAUGUUAACGGAUCAUUGUCAGUCAUUAAGGUGAGGCUCAUUGAUGCAGGAGAAUACAUUUGUGUGGCACGCAACUCUGGUGGAGAUGACACAAAGCUUUACAAACUAGAUGUUGUUUCUAAACCACCUCUCAUCAACGGUUUGUAUACAAACAAGACAGUCAUUAAAAUGACAGCCAUAAAGCACUCAAAGAAGCAAAUAGACUGCAGAGCUGAAGGAACACCAGUACCCCAAAUCAUGUGGAUAAUGCCCGAUAAUAUCUUCCUAACAGCCCCAUACUAUGGGAGUCGAAUAACAGUACACAAAAAUGGGACUCUUGAAAUCCGUAAUGUAAGGUCUUCAGAUUCAGCAGAAUUUAUAUGUGUAGCACGUAAUGAUGGAGGAGAAAGCAUCCUGGUAGUUCAGCUGGAGGUAUUAGAGAUGCUGAGGCGCCCUAUGUUUAGAAACCCAUUUAAUGAGAAAGUCAUGGUAAAGCCUGGAAAAACAAUCUACUUGAAUUGCUCUGUCGAUGGAAAUCCACCUCCUGAGAUAAUCUGGAUGCUACCAAAUGGCACACGACUCUCUGCAGGUUUUAGAACACUCCACUAUUUCUUGGGAAACAAUGGCACUCUUGUUAUCAAUAGCCCUUCUAAAACAGAUGCGGGCAAGUAUCGAUGUGCGGCUAAGAAUAAAGUUGGCUAUAUUGAAAAGUUGAUUCUUUUGGAAAUAGGUCAAAAACCCACAAUUUUCAUCCACUCAAGAGGAACAAUCAAAAGCCCUAGUGGGGAAUCAUUAUCACUUCAUUGUCUUGCUGGUGGAAGCCCCAAACCAAGUAUUAUCUGGACAGUUCCUAGUGGCUAUGUCCUAGACCAUCCUCAGAUUAAUGGAAAAUAUAAGUUACUGGAAAAUGGUACUUUAUUCAUAAGAGAAGCCACCAUUAAUGACAGAGGAAGCUACACGUGCAAAGCUCAGAACUACAUUGGUGAUUCAACAGUAGCAGUUUUUGUGAUUAUUGUGGCACAUCCGCCAAGGAUUACAAAUAGACCACCAAGGCAUAUUCACACUACAGCUGGAGUAGCAAUUCAGCUUCACUGUAUGGCAUUAGGUGUACCAACUCCAGAAAUUACAUGGGAGCUGCCUGAUCACUCAUUGCUUUCCACAGGCAGCAAAGGCCAGCCAUCUGGAAGUGAACUUAUUCAUCCACAAGGAACAUUAAUAAUUCAGAAUCCCAGAUCAACACAUUCUGGCAUAUAUAAGUGUAUGGCAAAAAACCAGCUUGGUACUGAUUCUACCGUAUCGUAUGUUCAAAUAAUCUGAAAUGAGAAAAAUGCAGUUAAAAUAACCGAUAACAAAGUGGGAUCUAGACCAUGUUUGGCUUUCAAAGGUAUUUAAUCAAAUCCAGUCAAAAGGCAUGUCAAUUUCAUUACAAUUACAAUUCUUAAUUUACAGAACACAUGUUGAGAAACAGAUAGCUGUGGGGAAAUAAGCAUGGUGACCUUGUAUGAAAUUUUAUAAUGAUAAUAAUGAUAUUCAAACAUAGCUUUAACAAAUUAAGGCACUUAAUUUUCCAAUAAAAAACAGAGGAUAUCUACAUGAAUGAAAAUAUGUUUACUAUGAAACUGAAAAAAUGUAACAUAACAAUAUUUUUUAAAAAAAACUUGUUUUUUUUUAAUUUCCCAUUUGGAAGUACUAUAAUCAUGGUACACAUUGUAAAAUUCUACAAAGAUAUGUAAAAAAAGAACCGUGAUAGCUGUUUUGUUACCUUACUGACAUGUAUGAAUAUUUUGUACUUUACUUCUUUCAAAACAAAAGGUGCUAAUUUGUUUUAAAUAUCAAUAAUUUGUUUUGUUUGUGUGCAGCAGUCCUUUUUACAGGGAUGUUGAAGAACAAGAGAAAAUAGCUCAACUAUAACAGUGGUUUUCAACCUGUGGGUCCCGAGGUAUUUUGGCUUACAAUUCCCAGAAAUCCCAGCCAGUUUACCAGCUGUUAGUAUUUCUGGAAGUUAAAGGCCAAAACAUCUGGGGACUCACAGGCUGAGAACCACUGAACUGUAAUGUUUUAUUUUUCUGUUGAAGAGACCAUGUUAUUUUUUCUAAAAUUAAAAAUUCACAAAGUCUGCAUCUGAAGAAACAUAGAUGUAAAUAAUGACCUUGCUGCCAAAUAUUCAUUUGCUAAAUAUUUUACAUUAAAAUUAUUAAUAUAAUAUGUUGAAUUCUUUUUUAAAGUAAGUUACACAUUACCAACAGCUGAGAAACAAACACUGGGAGGAAGCUGAUCACUAUUGGAAUCAGAACAGACUAAAUAUACUGCUGGCCUGAUCCAAAUACUGCUUCCAAGCAUCUGGAACAGCAUGUCCAAGAAAUGGAUCCUAAUACCUUGUCAUAAACUGCUCUUAAUUUAUAAUCCCAGAGCAACUCCAGAAGAUGUGAACCACUUAAGGAGUCACCAUGUGGCCCAUGAACCUAAUCCAGAAAGGGAUUCAGCGGGGGAACAAGAGCAGAAUGAAUGUCAGGAUUACAAGAGUUUGAAUUGUUAGACCAGCCUAGGAAAAGCAAUUAAUCACAUAUUUGACAGAUAUACAAUAUAAGUUUUGAAUGUUAAGAAUUUGUCCUGGUAGAGUAGUAAAUAAGAAAGUCACCAACAUCUGCUUAGAACAACUGACAUACCAAGCUGUACUGUCAACUCUUAAUCUUUUUGUCCCGCACGUUCCACAAGAAGGUUAUUUGAAGAAGAGUAUCAUAUACCUUUGUUUCAGCUGUUCCAGGUCAGAUGUGCAUGGCAGAGUUCAUUUUUCAACUUUAGUACUGCUCCUCUGCUAGGAGGAACUGAGGAACUAUUACUGUGCAUGUCACUAUUUUUCCCUCCAGGUAUGUAAAUUAACAACUAUUUGUCUUUGCCCAGUAUGCAGUUGGAAACCUCUAUUCAUUUUAAUUAUGCCUGAUUCUGGGUGAAAAUCAGUUUUAAAAGCAUUUUGCUCCAAAGCUGAAAAUGGUUGAUUAUUAUGAGCACAAACUUCAGGCUAAUAUUCUGCCUCAUCUCCUCCUUCACAUGAGAAAGUAUUAGAAGUUUCCACUUUUGAAAAAGAUAUAGUUUUCUCUUAUGUAUGAAUUUAAAUAAACUAGUUUAUUCAAACAGAAA